CGUGAGAUUUGCUUCCUGACAGUACUUCCUCUAGUAGCUCAAACCCGCGGCCAAGCCAAAAUUGACCGUGCAUCCACUUACUCCCGCAAUGUCGCAAGGCCAUGAUCGGGUCUGGUGGAAAGAAGCAACCUUCUACCAGAUCUACCCUGCGUCGUUCAAAGACAGCAAUGGCGAUGGGUGGGGGGACCUCCCCGGCAUCCUCGAGAAAAUUGCCUACAUUGCUUCGCUAGGCGUAGACGCAGUAUGGCUGUCUCCCAUGUUCGACUCCCCCCAGGUGGACAUGGGGUACGAUAUAAGCGAUUACGAGAAAGUCUACGCGCCGUACGGUACGGUGGAAGACGUAGAGGCGCUGAUUAAAGCUUGCCACGCGCAUGGCAUGAAGCUUAUCCUCGACCUCGUUGUAAAUCACACCUCUUCGCAACAUGCGUGGUUCCGCGAGUCUCGCAGCUCAAAGAGUAAUCCAAAGCGCGACUGGUACUUCUGGCGGCCCGCGCGGUACGACGAGGCUGGCAACCGGCGCCCGCCUACCAAUUGGCGCAGCUACUUCGCCGGCUCCACGUGGACCUGGGAUGAGGAAACGCAGGAGUACUAUCUGCAUUUGUACGACGAAAGUCAACCGGAUCUGAACUGGGAGAACGAGGACUGCCGACGUGCGAUAUAUGAUUCUGCGAUGCGGUUCUGGCUAGACAAGGGGAUUGAUGGGUUCCGAGUCGACACCGUGAAUAAGUACUCCAAAUACGUGGACUUCAGCGACGCGCCGAUUACAGAGCCGGGAAGCGACGUCCAGCCCGCGGCGCAGUUUUGGUGCAAUGGCCCUCGGAUACAUGAGUUCAUUCGGGAGAUGAAUGGGGAGGUCUUGUCGAAGUACAGUACAUUCGAUGGGCUACCUGUAGUCACGGUGGGCGAGCUUUCGAUGACGCCGGAGCCUGGAGGCGUGCUGUGCUAUGUGAGCGCAAAAGCGAAACAACUGGAUAUGGUGUUUCAGUUCGACAUUACACAUCUGGGGCAGGGGCCGCCAGGGUCAGACAACAAGUACGCCGGCACGGCAUGGAAGCUCCCCCAACUGAAGCGCAUUGUGGAGAAGUGGCAGACGUUCAUUGAAGGCACGGACGGGUGGACGACGGUCUUCUGCGAGAACCACGACAACGGGAGAAGCGUCUCGCGGUACGGCAGCGACGUGCCCGAGUGGCGGGAGAAGAGCGCGAAGAUGUUGGCGGUGUGCUUUGCUGCGCAGACAGGCACGCUGUUUCUGUACCAGGGACAGGAAAUUGGCAUGGUGAAUGCCCCAAGGGAGUGGGAGAUCGAAGAGUACAAAGACGUCGAGUCGCAGAACUACUGGAAGGAAGCGGUGCGACUAUCAGAGGACGGAACGGAUCCCACGCGCAGAGAAAGGAUCAUGCGUGGUCUGCAGCUCAUGGCUAGAGAUCAUGCGCGCUUGCCGUUUCAGUGGAACUCAACUGCUAAUGGUGGCUUCUCGAACGGCCGGCCGUGGAUGCGCGCGCAUGAUCUGUAUCGGGAGAUCAACGUCGAAGUCCAGGAGCAGGACACGAAUAGUGUAUUGUCUUUUUGGAAAUUGCUAUUACGGUUACGCAAGGACCACAAGGAUGUGUUCGUCUACGGUGCGUUUGAGCUGCUGGAUGCGGAUAAUCUAAACACCUUCAUGUACAAGAAGCAGUAUCGGGAGAAGACUGCGCUGGUAGCGGCGAAUUUCACUGAAGAACAACAGCCGCUUCCAGAAGUGGGUGAUCUGAAGCUCUUACUGAGCUCAUAUCCGGAGUCAAGUCAAGAGAGGCUGCAUCCGUAUGAAGGGCGGAUCUACAUCAAUUACUAG